UUUUUCUGGGACUUCCCGAAAAAGCAUCGUUCAUUGUAAGGAAAGCUCAAAGCUCUGUUUUUUUCAUAUAUUCAUAUGAUGCCCUAAAUUUCUUGUCGGCUGUAAAAAAAUAUUUGGAUCUUCUUCCGUACGGAAAAACAUUCUAAAAAGUGCUUCUGUUGUUCGACCCACUAGAAUUCUCAUACAUGGAUCUUUGAAAUAUAAAGAGAAUUACUGAUCAUUUUCUCUUUCUCUUUUCCUUUUUUAUUUUUCUUUUAUUUUCCUUUUCAGGUUCUUUAUAUUUGCAGAGAAAACAUCACCCGUCAGAGAAGGAACAGGAUAGGAUGGAUCAUCAAGGGCAUGGCCAGAACCCUUCUAUGGGGGUUGUGGGUGGUGGACCACAAUUGAAUUAUGGUUCUAAUCCAUACCAGCCCAACCAUUUAACUGGGUCACCUGGGAUGGUUGUUACAUCUGUUGGGACCAUUCAAUCCACAGGUCAACCAGCUGGAACUCAGCUAGGACAACAUCAACUUGCUUAUCAGCAUAUUCAUCAGCAACAACAGCAGCAACUUCAGCAACUUCAGCAACAGCUCCAAGCCUUUUGGGCCAACCAAUAUCAAGAAAUUGAGAAGGUAAUUGAUUUCAAGAACCACAGCCUUCCCUUGGCGAGGAUCAAGAAGAUUAUGAAGGCUGAUGAGGAUGUUAGAAUGAUAUCAGCUGAGGCACCGGUCAUAUUUGCAAGGGCAUGUGAAAUGUUCAUUUUAGAGUUAACCUUGCGUUCUUGGAAUCACACUGAAGAGAACAAAAGGAGGACACUUCAGAAGAAUGAUAUUGCAGGAGCCAUAACAAGAACUGAUAUCUUUGAUUUCUUGGUUGACAUUGUGCCUAGGGAGGACUUGAAAGAUGAAGUGCUUGCAUCAAUACCAAGAGAAACAAUGCCUGUUGCAGGGCCUGCUGAUGCACUUCCUUAUUGCUAUAUGCCACCUCAACCUGGACAGCACGUUGGAACUGCCGGUGUCAUAAUGGGUAAGCCUAUGAUGGACCCUAAUAUGUAUGCUCAGCAGUCUCAUCCCUACAUGGCACCACAAAUGUGGCCACAACCACCAGAGCAACAACAAUCCUCUCCUGAUCAUUAGCUACUUAUUAUGGAAGUGUCAUAAUGGAUAUGAAGGUGAACUUCAGGCGCUAUUUCUCUCUUUUUAAUUAAGGUUUUAUGUUGGACUUUGAUUAUAAUAUAAUUUAAUUUUGCUGUUUUUGAAUUUCGAUUUCCUUCUUUUUCUUGAUGGAAUUUAAUAUUUUCUGUUAUAGAGACUCUUAAUGUAUUGCAAAUAUACAACGAACCAGUUAUGGUUUAUGAUUUACCAGUUAUUAGCUCUAGCUGCUGGUGCCAAUCUCAUUCUGUAUUAUGAUUUUGCUAAUAGUGAUUGCAACCUGACU